AUGGGAAAAUACCAACACAUCAACACAUCUCUAUACGAUCUGAAAUACUAUAUGCUGAUAGACACAGUAAACUCUAAACCAAAAGACCCGAGAAGCACUCUCUUAGAAGUGCUCUCUUCCCGCAUAAACCACUCCCUCAAUAAUAUCCCAAAGGAAAAGCUUGCAGAAAUUGAAGCAUUAGUAGACACUUUCCUGCAGGAGCGUCUAGACCCGGUAUUAGCCAACAUAGCCAAAAGACACUGUGCAGUAAGUCCUGAGAUCCUGGAAAUCCUCAAGAAGGAAGCCAUAGCAGAAGCUCCCUCCGAAUUCUUAUACGGUCGUUCUGCCUUAAGCACAGAAAUAGACUA